AUCAGCACAAAAUAUCCAAACAUUUCUCAAUCUUUUAGAGGUGGAUGUAAACAUGUCAGACAUAAAGAGUCUUUGACUUUUGUGCGACUUUAAUCCAGACACUGACAAUUUCAACUUCAAGCCGACUCAUCUGAUACAACAUAGCGUUCAAGGAAAAGAGACCGCCUACGCGGCGCAGUUUGCACCUGUUUGUUUUUGUCUUAAGACGGAUGUUUAUGUUAUAAUUCGGCUAGUUUGAUUUAUUAUGUGAAUUGUUACGUCUGCCAUUUCGUCCAUCGCUUUCUUAAGAAGUUUAAACCCUUAUACGACUAUGGAAUCUGCUGUUUGCCACAACUGAGCCGAACAAACAACAAUACUGGAGUAGUCAUGGAGGCAAUUUGGCUUUACCAGUUUCGACUGAUUGUCAUUGGGGACUCCACUGUUGGAAAAUCAUGUUUAAUAAGACGAUUCACAGAGGGCCGCUUUGCACAGGUGUCAGAUCCGACUGUCGGGGUGGAUUUUUUCUCUCGGUUGGUGGAGAUCGAACCUGGGAAGCGGGUUAAAUUGCAAAUUUGGGAUACAGCGGGACAGGAGCGCUUCAGGUCUAUUACUAGAGCUUACUACCGUAACUCUGUUGGAGGUUUGCUGCUCUUUGACAUAACAAACCGGCGUUCGUUCCAGAAUGUUCACGAGUGGCUAGAAGAGGCACGUAGCCACGUUCAGCCCCACAACAUCGUCUUUUUGUUGGUCGGCCACAAAUGCGAUUUGGAACCACAGCGGCAGGUGAGCCGCCAAGAAGCAGAGAAGCUUGCAUCAGCGUACGGCAUGCGCUACGUGGAGACUUCGGCACGUGAUUCUAUUAACGUGGAGAGAGCAUUCACAGAGCUAACAAGGGAUAUAUUUGAGUUGGUAAAGAAUGGGGAGAUUACCAUCCAGGAAGGCUGGGAAGGAGUGAAGAGUGGGUUUGUACCAAAUGUGGUGCAUUCUUCAGAAGAAGUUACAAAGGGUGACCGCCGUUGCUUCUGUUGAGUCAACAAUCACCGUCGCGUUAGCCUUCAACCGCUUCCUCCAAUCACAGGAUCAGUCUUCAUCAUUGCCCCUUUUAUGCCUGUUGAAUGCCUAAAGAUCCACCAUGCUCUAUUCAUCCUUCACUCUUCUGUACUAUUUAGCUUAUACCCCUAAUCACAUAACUUCACGUAUGGCCAAACAGAACUCUGUAGUCUGAACGGUUAAUACAUUUUCUUUUUGACGCCCACAUAAGGAAGGGCCAAACAGAACUAUAUCUGCACUUUAACUGUAUCUGCCCAUCCGUUAUUAUUCUAUUAAGCCACGAAAGAUAAACUUUCCAAAGUGAAGAUGUUUGCUUCAGACAAAACUUGUAUCUGGGACUGAAUCUGUUCCAGGUGUCUUCAGGGGAGUUGUACUUAAUGAGUUCACUGACAAGGCUGGGAUACUUAUUCAUGUUGACUUGAAGAUCUCAGCCAUGAACACUUUGAUUGCUUGAUGUGUGAUCUGUCUGAUUAUUGACUUUAAGGACAAAAAAAUGCAAUAUAAAGAACUGUACAAACAUCUGACCUGUAAUUUUUUUAUAUAUAUUCCCAUGGUUACACAACUUAAAUCUUCAGCUCUCAAAAUGGUUUAGAAAAUUGUCACACACGUUGUAUGAUAGUUCCUAAAAUGUUCUUUGUUGAUACGGUCCAAAAGGUACCUUUAACAUCCACAACAUGCACAAAUGGUACUAGUUAAGCUAAGAAAGAAAUCCUUCUUUUGUGAAACGUUGACUAAAAUGUUCUUUGAGGAACCAAAAAUGGAAAGCACCUUUUCAGAAACUCUUUUUUUUUAAGUGUAGUGAAUCGUAUAAACUCAAGAGGUAGAACAUUUUCAAUAUAUGCUCAGAAAUUAAAGGUACAGAAGUUGUACCUUUUGGUCACUGGGAUGGUACCUUUUAAAAAGGCCAAUACAUACCAUUUAGGUGCAGAUAUGUAGCUUUAAGGUACCAGUAUGUACCUCUAAGGUAAGGGUUCUCAAACUGGGGGCCCCCGAAAUGGAGCCAGGGGCCCCAGUUAUAUGACAUCUUAUAUAAUCGAUAAAUUAAACAUAAAUUCUGUGUAAUCAAAUUUCAGAAAAAUAAGGCUACUAACCAACAGCAAUACAUUAAACAUGUAAGGAAUAAUUGACAACUGGCUGUUUAAUUAUUUAAAAAUAAUGCAAAACCAAGGUUGUAAUACCACGUGAAGUUACACUGGGUGUGCAUUAUUUUCUUUUAUUUUAAAGGACUGGUGUCAAUUAUUCCACAUAUACCACAGAAAUUGCUAUGACAUUGCUCUUAAUGGUUAUAUUAAGAAAUUGGUUAGGUGUGCCUUUUACAGAAAAAUAAUCAACACCCAUGGAACAUUUCUCAACCAAUCAAAAAAAAAGCAUUUAACAGCCCCAUGGUAUAAUUUAAUGGUUCGUUUAAUUCAAAUGUUAAUUCUUGGAUUGUUUUAUGUCAUACAGUUUCUAAGGGAUGCAUGCUGAAAAGUUUGAGAACCACUCACUGGUACCUUCGAGGUACCAAUAUGUGCCUUUUAGAUAAAAAAAGUGUACUUUUUGAAAAGGGACUGCCCCAGUGACAACGGUUUUGUACCUUUAGGUACCUUUUUUUCUGUGAGUAUAUUUAUUAGCAAGGUGUGUUUUUAUUGCGGUUUGUACUGGAAGUCAAAUGUAUGAAAGCCAAAAAUUAUUCAAUUUGGGGUCAUUGUUUUACUGUAACAAACCUAUAACAUAUCUAUACCACAAAUUAUCAUAAAAGGCCUCUAAAAUGACUCAUUACUCACUCUAGAAUUAUAAAAAACAUAAACAUAUUGCACCAAGUUACAUCUUUUUCACCUUUUAUCCCAAAAAAUGUUAGCAGAUGAUUGUACCAUUGCUUUUACAUAUUAACACACAAGACAUGUUUCCAGACCUUGCAU